AUGAACAGCCCCGUGCCCACAACCGCUUCCCAGCGUGUUUUGUCAAGCCCAGAGUUAGUUGCCAGCAUCAUUGACUGGCUUGUGGUUGACAGCUACGCAAGACCCGAACAGAAUCAAUCGAGCCGACUCCCUAUCCUCCUGCGCGAUCGACAGACCCUGAUUCAAUGUGCCUGUGUCAACGUCACGUUGUGGACACAAGUGAUGCGCCGGUUUUGGCUUCAUGUCCCAGACAUCGCCUUGCAGCUCUCCAUAAUCGACCCAGCUCGCUGCCAACUUUACGCCGAUUUGAUUCAGACCGGCAAUCUCAUCCAAAUCAAGCGAGGACUAAAGAAAGCGCGUGCUGCCCUAUCCGGGGUUACAUUUCCUCGCCUUCACGUUCUCAAACUGGUGCUGCGCCUUCGCGACCCGGACUUCAAAUUCCCAGUGUCUCUGCCCCGAUUCUGCGUACAAUGGUGA